AUGAAAAAUCAUUCAAUCUCAACUCUUUCAUUUUCUCUUCUUCUCAUAUUGUCAUGCACUUUGGCAGCAAAUGCUGAUAGACAAGACAAAUUCCUUCAAUGUCUCACCUAUCAAUUCAAGAACUACUCCUCCAUUUCGGAUGAUAUUUACACUCCUUUAAACUCCGCUUACACUUCCAUCCUCCAAUUCUCCAUUCAAAACCCUAGAUUCGCAUCGGAAUCCACUCCCAAACCGCAAGUGAUCAUAACCCCAAAGCAUGAAUCCCAGAUCCCGUCUGUCGUACGUUGUGCCAGACAGAGUGGUCUGGAGAUCAGAACUCGAAGUGGUGGCCAUGACAUGGAGGGAUUGUCUUACGUGUCACAAGUCCCGUUCGUGAUCAUUGACUUGAUCAAUCUCAGCGAAGUCACGGUCAACGUGGAGGAGAAAACUGCGUGGAUUGAAGCAGGUGCGACCACCGGUAUCGUAUACUACAAGAUUGCAGAAAAGAGCCCUACAUUAGGGUUUCCUGGGGCUAUUUUCACUACCGUUGGUGUCGGUGGCCACUUCAGUGGAGGAGGCUAUGGUGCAAUGGUGCGAAAACAUGGCCUCGCUGCAGAUAACGUUGUUGAUGCGAGAAUAAUCGACGUUCAUGGAAGAAUCCUCGACAGGAAAUCAAUGGGCGAGGAUCUAUUUUGGGCGAUCAGAGGUGGCGGAGCUGCCAGUUUUGGCGUGAUCACUGCCUGGAAAGUGCAACUGGUGGAUGUUCCAGAAACAGUCACUGUUUUCUCAAUCAAUCGGAACGUGGAAGAACAGAACGGUACAGAGUUGUGGCAUCGCUGGCAAUACGUGGCGCCUCGAGCAGACAAAGACCUGUUCGUCGGUGUCAUCGUGUUAAGGGUGAACACGACGGUCCAAGUCAACUUCUUCUCAGUUUUCCAAGGCGGCGCCGAAAGAUUAGUUUCAUACAUGCAAGAAAUCUUCCCAGAGUUAGGGUUAGUGAGAGAAGACUGCACAGAAAUGAGCUGGAUCCAAUCUGCCUUGUUUAUCAACCAAAUGCCGAUCGAUCCAGUAGAUGCUCUGCUCAACCGGACUCAACCCUUCGGCCUCAGACAGCUCAAGACCAAGUCCGAUUAUGUCCGGAAGCCAGUUCCUUUAAACGCGAUCGAAGGCAUGGUGACCAUGUUACGCGAACCGGAAGCAGAUGGGACUAUGUACUAUUUGGUUCCAUAUGGUGGAAGAAUGAAUGAAAUAUCAGAAUUGGAAACUCCAUUUCCUCACAGAGCCGGUGCACUCUACCAACUAGCUAGCCUGACUUACUGGCAAAACUCCGAGGCAGCGGAAGCGGACAGAUACAUAAGCUGGAGCCGUAGAUAUUACGAAUACAUGACUCCUUAUGUGUCAAGCUCGCCCAGGGAAGCGUACUACAACUACAGAGAUCUCGACAUUGGAGUGAAUAACCCUAAUGGGAAGACAAGUUAUGCACGAGCCAGCAUUUGGGGGAAGCCGUAUUACAAGGAUAAUUUCGAUCGUCUUGUUCGGGUGAAGACAGUGGUUGAUCCGACUAAUUUCUUCAAGAACGAACAGAGCAUUCCACCGUUGCAAGCGAAGUGGACUAGGAAAGGGAAUUAAGAUAUAUUUUUCCGUAACUGCCAACAUGUUCCAUGCAUGUUGCUGAAUAUGACUUUCUGAUUAUUAUUAUUUUGUAAUUCUAUGUUUGUAUUUGUUAUUUAACGCCAUAUUAUACUAGUAAA